CUCCUUUCUUCCUCCUUUCCUUUCGUUUUUCCUCUCUCCUUCCUUUCCAGUUUCCACCCUUUUCCGGUGGGGCCAGUGCAGCUCUAUAUCAAAGCCACCAAUCCCCUCAUUCUCUUUCCCAACCUUCUCUCCUUCUCUUCGAUCCCUCUCUCUUUCAGCCAUGGGUGACAGCCAUUGCAUUUGCUGCUGCCGGUGCAUCUCCUUUGUUAUCCUGCUGGGUCUCACCACGCUCUUCUCGUGGCUCGCCGUCCGGCCCAAUGGGCCGACGAUCUCCGUGACCGCCAUCUACAUGCCUGCCCUCAACCGGACGUCCGGCGAGUACCGCCGGAACGCCACCGCUCGGAACAACACCAUCGCCGUCGACAUCAGGUUGGUGAACCCCAACAAGGACAGCGGCAUCCACUACGACGGCCUCAACGUCAGCCUCUACUUCAAGGACUCGGGGAAGCUUGUCGGUGGGGCCCCCAUUCCGGCUUUCUACCAGGGGAAGCAGAAGAAGGCGCAAAAGCAGGCGGCGUUCAACGGGACUGGGGAAGGAUGGGAGGCGGUUUUCCGGGAAGGCUCGAACGGCACGUUGGUUUUCCGGGUGGUUUUGGGGACGUUGGUGAGGUACAAGGUGGUGGGGUGGAACACGGGGCGGCACUCCGGGGAGUAUGUUGGGGAGGUGCCGGUCGGUGUGGAUGGAGCGAACGAAGGCAAGCAGGCGACCAAGUUGAAGUGAUCAGAACAAGACGUUAUAAGAGUCGGCUUUUUUCUCUUCUCCUUUGUCUCAUAGGCCAAAGCAGCAAUUUUCUUAUUCUGUAUUAUUCAUUGUUUGUUUUUGCAAAAAGUACUUCUUCGUUCGAUAGCAAAACCAGCAGGCUUGUGAAUAAAAAGACAGAUCGAGUUCCCGUGAUUCUCGACAAUGGAUAGCUCCAAGAAAAGCCAUUGAAGCUGCACAUGGUUAGGCAUGGAUGGAUCAGUUGGUGAACUACGCAAGAAAUAUUCAUCCAAGCUUGUAACUAAUAACUAAUGAAAUUUAAGUAUGUCUUAUAGAGUAACAAAAUUCAUAAUUUCGGACCUGAUUUUGAUUC